AAGGUGCAUACCGUAAACGACUGUUUGGUUUGGUUUAGAUAUAUAUAUUUUUUAAAUUUUAUUUUAUUUUUAUAUGCAUUUAUUUUAUUACUUUUCAAAAUCAGAACUUUGACUUUAAAUCGCAUAACACUACAUUUCCCAUGACAUCAUGUCAGGACUUCCGUGUUCGCGUUUGAAUCUGCCAAGAAGGUGCAUGCAGUAAACUUCCGUUAGGUUAUUUAACUUUCGGCAUAACAAAAGAGUGAUGUCUGAACUAAAACCUUGUAAGGUGUGUAAUUUUACGCGACAACAAUCAUACGGUUUGGUUGUUCCUUCUCUGGACCAACUAAAGAUUAAAGGAAGCGAAUCUCUUGGGUUUAGCCCAAGUACCUCCGUCUCUGUGGUAUUAGAAGAUGAUGGGACAAUAGUUGAAGAUGAGGCCUAUUUCUUGUGCUUACCUACAAACACAAAGUUUAUGCUCUUGCAUGAAAAAGAGACGUGGGCCCCACUACGAAGAAUUGAUGGCGGCACAGCUUGGAUGACCAGGGAGUCUGUGAAUCUUGAGAACGAUGCUGUGGACAGCUCAGUCAGUGGGAUCGAGCCCUGGUUCUACCUGGCCCAGCAACUCAAGAAGGACCUGGCCAGCAUCAUACUGAUGUCGGAGGCAGAAUUACAAACCUUAGUGGACGUGCCUUGUUUAGAGCUGGCCUCAGCCCUGGGCUUCCCGGAGAGGAAGGCCCUGAAUCUCCAGGACACUCUACAGAGAGUGUUGGACCGCAGGGAGGAAGAGCGACAGUCCAAGGAACUGCUCCAGCUCUACCUCAAGGCAGUGGAGAGAGAAGACAGUCAAGAGGCAGAGCCUAGAAAUGAAGGGUCAGGUGAUGGGGAUGUGACAGACGGGAUGGCGGUAGAUUCGGCAUCAGGAUUCAUGUCCAGAACGCUGAUGGUUCUCAAGGGUAAAACGAGCCCUGAGACCAGGCUCUCCAAUGAGGAGCUGCAGAUGGUGGUGAACAAAGGUGCACGGGCCAUGGAGCAAGUCCUGGGCUGGGACUCUGAGAGGACAUUGGUGCUGCUGCAGGCAUGCGAGGAGCAACUGAGCAGGCGGCUCCAGCAGGUUCAGGCCAUGCAGUACCUCCGUAGCCACACACAACAACAGGACAGCACGCAGCCCUCCGACAAGAGCCAAGCCACACAAGCCAAGCGCAGCAAGUAAGGAGUAGGGGGAAGUUGCCACUACACGCUGAUCUUUGGUGAGUUUAGCGUUUUCCCACUUAUGGUUAGGAUUAGGGAAGGGGAAACUGAUCCUAAAUCUGUACUUAGGGAAACUUCACGCCAGAGCCAGCUAGUAAUACCCCUCUGUCUCUGACCACAGAACACACACUAUCUGCCUUAAGACUGAGACGAUAAGUAUUUGGAUGGUAAAGCAUUUUUUCUUGAAAUCGAACAAUGACCAUGAGGUUAAAGUGCACACUGUGAGCAUUAACUUGAGGGUAUUUAUCUAUAUCGGGUGAACCAUGUAGAAAUUCGGUCACUUUUUGUACAUGGUCCCACCCAAUUCACUUAUUUGUGUGUUUAAAGUAGUAAAAUGUUAAGUAUUUGGUCCCAUAUUUGUAGCACACCGACUACAUCAAGCUUGUGACUACAACUAUGUUGGAUUAUCCUGACUGAAUUGUGAAUAAUGAUGAGUGGGAAAAAAUAUCAUUCCCCCAAGGCAUACUAACCUCUCACCAUUAUAAUAACAGGGGAGGUUAGCAUUUUUUGGGGGGGUAUGAUAUUUGUGCAUCUAACUUUUUCAUUCACUGUUCACGUUUCAUUCAGGAUUAUCCAUAAUCAUGGUAGCAUCCACGUUCAUGUAAAAGUGUUAGAAAUUCAGAAACAAAUUCUGUUUUUAUUUACAAUAAAAAUGACGCAAUACAUUAUUUACCAUUCAUUUCUAAUGGGCACAAAUAAUCUGAAACACAACCAAACCAAAAAGCAAAUGCAUCCACCAAGUUUGUAGAGUCAAAAUCUUGAUGUAAUUAUUGCGUGCUAGGAAUAUGGGACCGAAUACUAAACUUUUGACUACUUUAAUAAACAUAUAAGUGAAUGUGUCGUAAUACCUUUGGUAUCCUAGAAUCGGGGGACUAUGUACAAAAAGUCCUGUAAUUUCUAAACAGUUCACCCGAAAUGGAUGAAAAUAACCUCAAAUUAAAUCUGACAGUCUGCACUUUACCUCAUAGUAAUUGCUUGAUUUCAAGUCCAAACUUUGAGUAUACAGCCAAAAUAAGAAUAAAUGCUUCACUGUCCCAAUAAUUAAGGAGGGCACUGUAUAUCGCCUCCUGGUAUCAAUAAAUGCUCAUAAACGCUGACAUUAUUUGCCAAAUGGCUUUGGUGCCCCUUUUGUGAGUAAACCACAUGAUGGCUAUCUCUUUAGGUACAUUAAGUAGAAGUGUUAUUAGCAUAGGUAGAUGUUAAUGACCAGAACAAUUAGGGAUGGACCAACUGUGCAACCCUUUUGAUAUGUUGUCUUGGUCUACUCCUCCGGUACUUUACCUACUCAGGAGCAAAGUGUGACACUACCUGAUUCUUGCCCCUGGAAGCUGUAACAAAAUUAUGGUUGAUGUUAACUUAAAUUGUAAGCAAAUACCUUGGACAAUCCAUUUGUGGUCAAAGAUUAGUAACCCAGUAAUCUGUUGACAUUAUAUUUAAUCCUAUUUUCCUGAAGAUUUAAAAUGAGAGCUAAUUGUUCCAUUCCUGUCAAUUUUGUAUACUGAAUCGUUGAUAUGCCUCCUAAAACCUUGCCAAAUACUUAGCCUAUUUCUUCUGCCUAUUUUGCUUUCCCUUUUGACUCUACUUGUUUUGACUGCUCUGCAUAUUAUUAACCAAUAUACAUCAAAUAUAACUUAGAAUUCAUUAUUUUUGGGAAACAACCAGAAUUGGUUUAUCUAUCUGUACUUAAACCCUGUAUAUUUAGGAAUGUUAAUGUAAGAAAGGAUAUCAGAUUUGAUAUGUAAUUGUGAUGUAAGCGUGCAUCCGUGUAGUGUGGGCCCAUGUGAGCUAUCUGGUUGUAUUGACAGGACAUCCUUGUUAAUAGGACAGACUUAAAGGGCUGUAAGAUCACAUUUGAAACCAGUCGUUUACAACAAGGACAUGGGGCCAGCAAGGAGGCACAUGUCAUGACAAUGAGAUGUCAACAGCUUUAUAUAUACAGAAAAGUGUAUUGAAGGCAUUUAUGGUGACAAAUGGAUGGGGAAACAUGUUAUCUUCACCUGUAUUAUGAUGUGAUUCUUGUACUCCACGUGAAUAUUAAUUGAAAUGCUCUGAAGUCCGUUACGCACUUGUUAUUGCUUCCAAUGUUCCUUGAAAGAAAAAGGUGUGUGUUCGGUUUGAAAUGGUGCAUCUUGGGAGCCCUCUGUAUGAAAUGAAUUAACAUGUACGUACUGUACAUAUAUUUUAUCAUUGAGCCACAGAGUUGUGUAAUCAAAGUUUUGCAUUGUGAUUAAUGAGGCUUUUUUUUAUGGAACUGUUUCAAAUGGAACUGACGUGGCAAGCGGUGUGUGUUAAGUAUGACAGCUUUUCUACAAUAAAGCGCACAAUCCUGA